AUGCAAUUAGGUAUUUACAGCUAUCCUGAUUUAACUACAUUAUUUUCAAUAGCAGGCUUUUAUACGGGAUGUUUUGUAAUGGAAUCAUUGUUACAAUCAACUCUCGAAUGCUUUUAUAAUCAAACAUGUAUCGAUGAGUUACGCUCAUAUUUGGUAUCUAAUACAUCUCUGACUGUAAAUGCACUUGACUCAUCUUUACCAAGUCGCUUUUUUGAAAAUUCAACUAUACAAAAACUUGUCGAUGAAUUAAUGGUUGAACAAUGGAAUUUAUCCAUAAAGUUUGAGAGUUAUUAUUCUGCUUGUCAACCAAUAAAAUGUACUUACAGUUAUACAGCAAAACAUAAUAUAAUUUAUAUUCUGACUACAGUCUUUGGUUUAAUUGGUGGUAUGGUGACAAUUUUAAAACUUGUUAUACGAUUACUAAUUAAAAUUGUAUCUAGAAAUAAAAGAUUAUGUAUUGCAACUACGGUAUGCAGUAGCAUUUUUGUCACCAAUGCUUGGAUAAAUUAUAUUGAUGGUCGUUCUUCAAACGAUAUUCUUACUGUGGAUGAUUUUCGAUGGACUGGUCCAAACACAUUUCGAGCACUGAGCGGAUUUUGUGAAUUAAUAAAUAAAACUAUUUCUGAAAAUUUGAUUCGAUUUUAUUCAACACAGUAUGUUAGUGCCACGAUUACAUCAACACAACUAUUUCAAUCAAAAACCCAAUACUUUUUUAAACAAUUUAUUUCUUCAACAACACAAGAUCUAUUAUUAUCAUUACAAGUUAUACGAGAUACAACUCAAGCUAACAGUUUAUGGAGUGUAGCAGGCAAUAAUACUAAUCAACUCACUAUUGGAUUAUGGCAAAAGGCAACAAAUUCUUAUCAAAACUUCAAUUUAUUUCCAUCCAUACCACCUUCAACUAAUCCUUUUGAUCUUCGCGUUCAACGAAUAUCAACAAGAUCAUUUAUUUUAUGCUUACUUCUUUCAACAAUUACUAUUGUCAUAUAUAUUUCUUCAGUUAAGGUCACACAUACUAUCAAUAUUAAUGUACCAACUAUCAAAAAAUACUCGGAAUUAUAUUCCACUUAUUCCGAAACGUUAACAUGUCCAUGUACAACAAUAUCUAUCGAUUAUAAAGCGUUUCUUCAUGUGAAGCAUACAUUUCAUCAAAUAUGCAUUAGUAUUUACGUCAGCGACAAUUGGAGACAAAUUCUUUCAUUGUCUUCUCUAAAUAAUGCAUUUUAUUUUCGUGAUUUUCGGGCAUCAUGCAAAUUCUUUUUCCAAGCUUUGAGUACAUUUUGUGAAUUAACAAAUAAGACUAUUUCUGACAGCUUAACUCGAUUCUAUUCAACUCAAUAUAUAAGUGCUGCAGUUGUCUCGUCAGACUUAUUGUAUUUACAAAUGCAAUCAAUAUUUGAACAAUUUAUCUCUUUGAUAACAAAUGAGUUACUAUUAUCAUUACAAAUGAUACAAAACACAACUCAAGCCAAUGCUUUAUUCUCUGCACGUUGGACAAAUUAUGAUUUACGCAUGUCAUUUUCUCCAAGACUACCUGGAAUGCAACUUGUGGCACCAGUUCCACAAGUAUACUCAAACUGUCGAUGUGAUGUUUCAUUAUCAUGUAUUGAGCAGUCAGCUAUCUAUGACACAGUUGAUACCACAACUAAAUUAUUUUCAAUACCGGGCAUUUAUUCGGGGUGUUUUGUAAUGGAAUCAUUGUUACAAUCAACUCUCGAAUGCUUUUAUAAUCAAACAUGUAUCGAACAGUUAAGCUCAUAUUUUUUAUCUAAUACAUCCCUGGCUGUAAAGACACUUGACUCAUCUUUACCAAGUCGUUUUUUUGAAAACUCAACUAUACAAGAACUUGUUGAUAAAUUAAUGGUUGAACAAUGGAAUUUAUCUACGACCUUUGAGAGUUAUUAUUCUGCUUGUCAACCAAUAAAAUGCACCUAUAGUUAUAUAAAAAAACAUGAUGUAAUUUAUAUGAUCACUACAAUGUUCGGUUUAGUCGGUGGUCUAAUGACAAUUUUAAAACUCGUUGUACCACGAUUCGUCAAAAUAUUUGCAUAUCUAUUUCUAAAACGAUAA